CCCUCAGUCUCACUCCGCGGCCGUCACCCCUCGCCAGGAACUCCCUCGGUCCUGCACGGUCUCCCUUCCUUCUGCUGGCUUCAGUCUGCUCGACCGCCGUCAUCCCUGCCGCCAUGACGCUCACGCCGCCGCUGAUCCUGGUGCUGAUGCUCGGCCUCACCGGCGCCCGGGCCACCGUCGACCUCCGCACGGCCGCCGCCAUGGCGGCGGGUCUGUGCAAGACCCGCCCCACAGACCUGGUGUUCAUCGUGGACAGCAGCCGCAGUGUCCGCCCCUCCGAGUUUGAGCAGGUCAAAGUCUUCCUCGCCAAGGUCAUCGAGGGCCUGGACGUGGGGCCCAACGCCACCCGCGUGGGCGUGGUCAACUACGCCAGCCGGGUCAAAAACGAGGUGUCUCUGAAGACUCAUCGCACCAAGGCGGGGCUCAUCAAGGCCGUGACCAAAGUGGAGCCCCUCUCCACGGGGACCAUGACAGGCCUGGCCAUCCAGUUUGCUCUCAAUGUGGCUUUCAGCGAGAGCGAGGGCGCCAGGGUCAAAUCUCCUGACAUCAGCAAGGUGGCCAUCAUCGUGACCGACGGGCGUCCCCAAGACAACGUGAAGGACGUCGCCCAGCGCGCCCGGGACGCCGGCAUCGAGAUCUUCGCCAUCGGCGUGGGCCGCGUGGACAUGAGCACGCUGAAGCAGAUGGCCAGCGAGCCCCUGGACGAUCACGUGGACUACGUGGAGAGCUACAGCGUCAUCGAGAAGCUGACCAAGAAGUUCCAGGAGGCCUUCUGCGUGUCGGACCUGUGCGCCACUGGGGAUCAUGACUGCCAGCAGGUAUGCGUCAGCUCCCCCGGAUCGUACAAGUGCGCCUGCAAAGAAGGCUUUACCCUCCUGGACGAUGGUCGCAGCUGCAGUGCUUGCAGCAACUCGGCCACAGACGUGGUCUUCCUGAUUGACGGCUCCAAGAGCGUGCGCCCGGAGAAUUUCGAACUGGUCAAGAAGUGGAUCAACCAGAUCGUCGACAAACUGGACGUUUCGGACACCAAAGCCCACGUUGGACUGGUCCAGUACUCCAGCUUGGUCCGACAGGAGUUCCCUCUGGGCCGCCACAACAACAAGCGGGACCUGAAGGAGGCGGUGAAGAAGAUGGCCUACAUGGAGAGGGGGACCAUGACGGGACAAGCCCUCCGCUACCUGACCGACAAGAGCUUCAGCAUCGGUCACGGGGCCCGACCGGGGGUCUCCAAGGUGGGAAUCGUCUUCACGGACGGCCGCAGCCAGGACUACAUCGGGGACGCCGCCAGGAAGGCCAAGGAGAUGGGUUUCAAGAUGUACGCCGUGGGCGUGGGCAACGCCGUGGAGGACGAGCUGAAGGAGAUCGCCUCGGAGCCCACCGGGGAGCACUACUUCUACACCGCCGACUUCAAAGCGAUGACACAGAUCGCCAAGAAGCUGCAAAUUAACAUCUGUCAAGAGGAGGACCCAUGCGAGUGCGACUCCCUGGUUAAGUUCCAAAAGAAAGUAGAAGAAGCCCUGCAGGCGCUGACCAGGAAAAUAGAGAAUAUGUCCAAGAGGAUCGCUUUGUUGGAGAACAAAAUCGUCUGAGGACUCCCUCGAUAAAGACGCACUCGCCUACACACGCCAUUUACUUCUUGUAUGAAGAGCAACCUGCGCGUGUGUACGCUGACCCGUUUGUAGCCCCCGAAGACCACCUCCCGCUCCUCCUCCGUUUGUCCUCGCUCACCCUCAGCCUCCUGGGAAACAAAGCGCCGGUUGCCGUGGAGACUUGAUUGUGAUUGUCACCCUCCACAGCCGGCGUGUGCGUUUUUGUUAAUAAAAGUCUUCCCUCAUAGGGAAACAGUGGAAAUAAAGCCCAGAGGUGGUCCCAGUCUUCCUUUGUCUGUCGGCCCUUCUUCCCUCCACACCAACGCGAAAGUGAAUAUAAGACAGGUCUAACUAGAAGGGUGUUUGUUUAUUUUGCUAAAUAAAGGUGUUUCAGAAAGUACAUUAAAAGUUGUGA